AAAUUCCUCUCUCUCUCUCUCUCUCCAUCUUAGGCCCUCUUCAUUAAUACCCAAGUUUCACUCUUCGCUCGUUUCAUUUGCAGAGCUAGAGAGAGAAUUGAUUUGGCUCACUUGCUCUCAACAAUGCGAGUGUAUAAACUGAAAUCGGUGAUUCGAAAGCUGAGUUGUAGAUAAAGGGGGAAACGAGGGUUUUCUCCCUUUUGUUUUUUUCUGUGAAUUUUUCCUCUGGACCUGGGGCAGUAGAGGAGCCUCAACUAUUUUUUCUGGGUCCGGAGAACUAGGGUUUCGUUUAUCUUUUGAUGCCCGCUUAUGUGUAGAAACCAAGCUGGGGGCGUCUGUUUGUGUUUAAUCUCCGUAUAGUUUUUUUUCAGGGUUUAGAUUCCUCUGUAAAGAAGGUUUUUUUUUUUUAAGUGAUUUUAUCUGAAAUGGACGGGAGGCGGAUCACGGCGAGCCCGAGACCGUGCUGUGGGCGGCGAGUGGUGGCGAAAAAGCGGCCUCGCGGUGGUUUAGAUGGGUUCGUUAACAGCGUGAAGAAGCUGCAGAGAAGGGAAAUUUCAUCUAAGCGUGACCGCUCUUUCAGUAUGAGUGACGCGCAGGAGAGAUUUCGCAAUAUUCUUCUGCAGGAGGAGUAUGACACUCAUGAUCCCAAGGGAUAUGGUCCUUUGUCGUUGCCAUUUCUGAAGAAGAGGUCAAAAAUUAUUGAGAUAGUUGCUGCCCGUGAUAUUGUCUUUGCUCUAGCGCAAUCGGGUGUUUGUGCAGCAUUCAGCCGAGAGUCUAACCAGAGGAUAUGCUUCCUUAAUGUCUGUCCUGAUGAAGUUAUCAGGAGCUUGUUUUACAACAAAAACAAUGACUCGCUCAUAACAGUUUCUGUUUAUGCCUCAGAUAACUUUAGUUCAUUAAAAUGCAGAACCACAAGGAUCGAGUACAUUCGAAGGGGUAAACCCGAUGCUGGAUUCCCGCUGUUUGAGUCUGAGUCUUUGAAGUGGCCUGGAUUUGUGGAGUUUGAUGAUGUGAAUGGGAAGGUUCUGACUUAUUCCGCACAUGAUAGCAUAUACAAGGUGUUUGACCUGAAGAACUACACCAUGCUAUACUCCAUAUCAGAUAAAAACGUUCAAGAGAUUAAGAUCAGCCCAGGUAUCAUGCUAUUGAUUCUUACCAAAGCCCACGGUGGUGUCCCGUUAAAGAUCCUCUCUAUUGAGGACGGUACUGUCUUAAAAUCUUUCAGCCAUCUCCUUCACAAAAAUAAGAAGGUUGAUUUCAUAGAACAAUUCAACGAGAAGCUUCUCGUCAAGCAAGAGAACGAAAAUCUACAGAUUGUCGACGUUCGUAAUACCGAGAUAACGGAAGUUAGCAGGACCGAGUUUAUGACCCCAUCUGCAUUCAUAUUUCUGUACGAGAACCAACUGUUUCUGACGUUCAGAAACCGAACUGUCGCCGUUUGGAAUUUCAGAGGGGAGCUCGUGACCUCGUUCGAGGAUCACCUCCUCUGGCAUCCUGAUUGCAAUACGAACAACAUAUACAUCACCAGCGACCAGGACCUCAUCAUCUCUUACUGCAAGGCAGACUCGGAAGAACCACUUUCUGAUGGACAUGCCGGUUCUAUAAAUAUCAGCAAUAUCCUGACGGGCAAGUGCUUAGCCAAGAUAAAGGCUAGCAAUGGUCUCCCCGCGAACGAAUGCUACUGUAGCUUGGACUGUAGCGGCAAAAACUGCAGCUCGAGAAAGCGUAGCAAAACUUGCGGGGUUCGAAGCACUGUGGCCGAGGCUCUUGAGGAUAUAACCGCACUAUUCUACGAUGAAGACCGUAACGAAAUCUACACUGGGAAUAGACUCGGUCUCGUUCACGUCUGGUCCAACUAAAACGGAACCAAGAUUGGUGCUUUUUCCAAAAUUAUCCGUUCCAGAGUCCCGGAAUUUUCAUGUCUUGUCAAAAGGUUUUAUUGUACCUUUCUUCAGAGUAAUGUUGGAUUGACUUUUCGGGUGUGAUCUUCUUGACUGAGGCGAGGCGGUGGAUUGCUUCGUUUUCUAGAUUUGUUGUGUCGUGUGAAUUGAUGGGCUCUCAUCAGGAGCUGAGUUAGGAAGUGAUUGGUUAAAGACUGCUUGCUUUGCUUGUGGAUGAUCGUUAUAUGGGUGGUUUGUGUAUUUGCUUCAGGCUGUUUGUCUGGUGCAUGUAUGCAUUUUGGUGGUGAAGUGAACGUAAAACCAUUAUUAGUACGUGUAGAAUGAACUUUCGCUUGGUAUAUUUUUUAACAAAAACAAAAUAAGCAUUUUUAUGUUUUUGUUGUACGUGGCAAUAUCUUUUAUUGAUUUUAAG